AUGUUCGGCCGAUCUGCGAUCUCCAGAGCCGGAGGUUUCCGUCCCGAGAACUUAGGUCAAAAUGCACUAAACCUGAUCGGAAACAUCGGUUUCUCGCUGUUCGUCUUCGGAGUCCUAGUGUUCACCAUUAUCGCCGCGACAUACGAGCCGGAAGAUCCCCUCUUCCACCCAUCCGACAAAAUCACCACAUUCCUCACAUCGACAUCGAACGCAACUCUGAGAUCCGACGACUCCGUCGCGAAAACCGGAGAGGAUUUCAUGCCGGCGAACCAGACCGCGUUCGCGUCCUUCAUCAACAUCACCGACGUCGAAACCACCGCCAGCGAGGAGAACACCGAGUCGAACCAGCUCGAUUGCGACGCGAGCAUCCCAAUCGAUUGCAAAGACUCGGAGGUCUUCCAUCUGAUGAUGAAGGCCACGAUCGAGAAGUUCAAAGACAUCCAUUUCUACAAAUUCGGCAAGCCUGCCGUCGGCGAAGGCGCGAACUCCUGCGACAUGGCGUGGCGUUACCGGCCGAGAGACGGGAAGAGCGCUGCGUUUUACAAGGAUUACAGAAGGUUUGUGAUUGGCAAAUCCGAGAAUUGUAGUGUUAGCGUGGUGGAGAUCGGAGAGUAUCAUUCCGGUUUGAAUGCGAGGAAGAGGAAGAAGAAUCAGAAAGCUGGGUUUGAGAAAACCGACGGGAAGAAAGAUGAUUUCUCUUUGCCCGUUGUUGGUGAAACGGUGAACGAUUCUCUUCCCAUGGUUGAGUCUGAGAAAGCGUUUAAAAGCGGAAAGUACUUGGUUUACGCAGGUGGAGGAGAUAGGUGCAAGAGCAUGAACCAUUUCCUAUGGAGUUUCUUGUGUGCGCUUGGUGAAGCGCAGUACUUGAACAGGACGUUGGUGAUGGAUUUGACUCUGUGUCUCUCCUCCAUCUACACUUCCUCGGGGCAGAGCGAGGAAGGGAAGGACUUUCGGUUUUACUUCGAUUUCGAGCAUUUGAGAGAAGCUGCUUCUGUGUUGGACGAGGCUCAGUUUUGGAAAGCGUGGGGGAGGUUGCAUAACAAGAAGGAUAGAUUGAGUCUUCACCUUGUGGAGGACUUUAGGGUGACGCCGAUGAAGCUUGCUGAUGUGAAAGAUACGUUGGUGAUGAGGAAGUUCGGGUCGGUUGAGCCGGAUAAUUACUGGUACAGGGUCUGCGAAGGAGAUGCAGAGUCUGUGGUGAAAAGGCCUUGGCAUUUGCUGUGGAAAUCGAGGAGGUUGAUGGAGAUAGUCUCUGCGAUUGCGUCGAGGUUGAACUGGGACUACGAUGCAGUGCAUAUUGAGAGAGGAGAGAAGGCGAGAAACACGGAGCUUUGGCCUAAUCUUGAGAAAGAUACUUCACCGAGCGCUCUCUUGUCGACGUUGCAGGACAAGGUGGAAGAAGGGAGGAAUCUCUACAUUGCGACGAACGAAGCAGAGUCGUCGUUGUUUAACGCUUUGAAAGACAAGUACGCUACUCAUGUUCUUGACGAGUAUAAAGAUCUGUGGGACGAGAGCAGCGAGUGGUAUUCGGAGACUACGAAGCUUAACGGAGGUAACCCGGUGGAGUUUGAUGGUUACAUGAGAGCGUCUGUUGACACUGAAGUGUUCUUGAGAGGGAAGAAGCAGAUUGAAACAUUCAAUGACCUUACUAACGACUGCAAAGAUGGAGUUGGGACUUGUAACGUUGCAGCUACUUGA